CUGGGCAUAAGUAACAGCCAUCGGAUAGGUACUGAAGGAAUGGUGGUGUCGUGGAAACAGGCAAGAGAGGGGAAGGAAAUAGUGAAACUUUUUAGAAGUAGCGCUUUUACCAUCCGGGCACAUCUGAGCGUCAUCAUGGGGCAGGCUGAGUCUCAGUGGGGAAAUACGCAGUCGGCGAAUGAGGGUGUGUUGACACACUGCUAAAUCGCUGCCUUUUUACUAAAGUGCAGCGACUAGGUGAAGUCAUAUCUCAGUGUAAACAUUUCCGGCUGUGGUUGGACUGUGUGGACACGAUGCAAAUUUCUCCGGCACCACUUCAUGUACCCCGUUCUGUUUCCCUUGCUUGGGCAAUUACAAAUUCAAAAAGAGCUCAGCUGAUCCGGCAAGAAACAAAACCGACCAGCUUUUGUGAGUGAGUCAGAAAUGGGGAAGUGCCGUUCUUCCGUGUUCGAGUUGGACACAAGGCAACUCUUUCGGAUUGUUCUGUGAGUUAGGGGCCGUUCUGGGUCAGCCCCUGGCCGCUGGCUUUCUAUCAGAUGAAACAGGCGUCAGGUUGCAAUCGAAGAGAAUGGGGAAGUGUCGUAAACUGCUCUCCCUCGUCGAAAUCCUUGUAGGUUUGCACCAGAUUGCCGGUGCCUUCUACGACACUGCGCUGUUGAUGCUGGUCCACGAACGCUCCAGAUCCAAUUCCACAACAGCUGCAAGCCGGGACCAGCAGCAAGGCGCAAUCUCCCAGUUCUACAUGAUCUACAACCUCCUGUUAAGGCUGAGUCCUCUGCUGUUCACUUUCUUCCUAGCCAAACUGGGAGAUCAAAAAUCCAGGAAAAUCACCCUUUGGGUACCCCUGCUGGGGUACCUGGUGUCCAGGUCUCUGUUGCUCUUUGUGAUCCUUUUUGAUCUGCCCCUGCAGGUGAUGUUUGUUACUGCUGUCCUGAAUGGUCUGAGCGGGGGGUUUACUGCUUUCUGGCCUGGGGUCAUGGCAGUGGCCUCAGACACCUCCUCACAGGAGAAGAGAUCCAUCAGACUUAGCAGAGUUGAGCUGGCCUAUGGAGUCGCAGGGAUGGUUGGCAGUAUCGCAUCCGGUCACCUCUUUAUCCAUUUGGACAUCUCACAUGCCCAGGGUGCUGGGCUGACAGCCUGCAGCUGUGUUUUUUAUGCUCUAAGCUUAGUUUAUAGUAUCUUUGGGCUAAAGCCCACACAGAUUGGAGCUGGUGGCGACGGCAGCCUGUUAGAUCAAGGAGAGCAGGAAAAUAAUGUUCGAGUUCCACGAAAUACAGCUUGGAGUCAAUGUCAAGACGAAAGCUCAAUGUUAUUGCCUAAUCAGAACAAUGCAAGGAUUCAGGGUAUUCUCGGAGGUAAUGUGCCCGUGGAUAAGAUCACACUCUCACUGCUGUUCACAGCUGGAGUUUUGUAUGGUUUGGGUGUGACUGGUGGAGUGGAUGUGUUGCCCAUAUUUGUACUAAAGGACCCGCUGAAUUGGAAUGCUGUCUGGGUCGGUUAUGGCAAUGCAAUGGGGUAUGCUAUCUUCCUCACCAGCUUCCUGGGAGUUUGCGCUUCUUCCAAAUAUUUGAGCGAUACGUCUUUGAUUGUGUUGGGAAUGGCGUCAUUUUCCAUUGGGAUGUUGAUCAUGGCCUUCACAAAGUGGACAUUCCUUUACUUUGUUGCUCGAGUUGUGAUGAUGUUUGCCCUUAUUCCACUGCCUACAAUACGAUCUGUGAUUUCCAAGCAAAUGAAAGACAACUCAUACGGAAAGCUGUUUGCCAUACUUGAGAUUUUACUCACCGUGACUGGAGUCAUUGCUUCAAUCAUAUUCCUAACCAUUUACAAGUCAACAAAAGACUGGUACCCAUCCAUCUCUUUUGGUCUGUCUUCUGUCAUCAGUUGCCUGGGAAUCAUUCCCAUGAUCUUUGUGGAACGCAGAUUGCAGGACGUCCUGUAACACUGGUGUGAAACCCAGACAUGAGAUGUGACGAACGAAGAAUGUACAUAGUGCAAUUAUUGUACCAGAAUAUAAUCAAGGUUUCCUUGCCACCAGAAAACUCUUACCAUCAUAAUGCACAGGAUAAGAUUGGGGUAAUUUGUUCCCUUUAAGAUAUUACUCCAAUGUUCAUACCCCUACUUCGAAAUGCCUGAAAAGCAUGUCACCUCCAAAAGCUGACAGUGUAACGUGUGAUGAUACUAUAAGUUUCAGAAGUGUAUUGUUUUGUGUGAAGAAAGUUUGGAGGUAUCAAUUGGUCUACUCAAAGCCAGUAAAAUAUGCAGCUUAAAUGAGGCUGCAGGUUUAUUUAAGUUAGAACAAUAGAAGCAGUAUGAAUGGGUGGGGUCAAGCUCCCAAAGGAUCAGCAUUUUUAGUUUUAGCUUUCUCUUUUGGUGGAAUGUUGAAGUGUAUAGGGGAGCUCUUAUUCCUGUUACAGCUAGAGUCCUCUUCUAGAUACUAGAAUUGCCUGUGAGACACUGAAAUCCUGUGUCAGGAGUGUAUUUAUGGGAUAUCAUAUUGGAACAGAUAAAUAGUGAUUAAUGUACAUGUUUUAUUAAGCCAAUUUUUAAAAAUUAUCGUUUGUAUUUUAAAGUACAGUGCUAAUAUAAGAGAGUGCUUUGUUUAAAGUUGAGUUGCUUGCCCAAUGGAAUGGCAUGUGGAAGGCAAUACUCUAUUUUUAAAAAUAAAAAAGGGUAUGGUCCAGGCCAUCUUAAUAUUUUGAGGGGGUUUGGUCUGGUCCAUGACAAAUUGGGGGUUUAUCUGUGAUCAACAUUUCUAACUCCGGGUUGGGUUUAGGAUCAUUAGAUUCGAAAGGCAGCAAGUGGGGAGGGUGGGUUGGUUGUGUGUACCUUGUAGGAGAGUGGCUCUUUCAGCAAUUAAGAGUGUCCUGAGAGUGGAAGUCAUCACUGAGAGAGUUUUACAGCAAGGGAACAAGGCAAGGCAAAACUUUUGAAAUUGGCAGAUAAAGUGAGGAGUCAAGACUGUUUAAAUCAGAUGGUUGAUAAAAUAAAAACAAACAAGAUUAUGGGAGACAAAGUGGAUGUUUUUAGUGGGGAGAAAUUAAUUACAAAAGAUUACAAAGUUACAUCAAAAAGCAUACACAGAAGAAUCAGUGUGUACCAGCUAAAGAGAUUCUGGAAGAGUUACUCAAUAUUUUACAAGAUAUGCACUAUGGACAGAAAUACAAGCAGACCAAGGGUCAAAUAUUAUGCGAAGUUAUUCAAGCAAGUUAUGGAUAGUUUAGGAAUGAAACAACUCAAAUCCACUGCAUACCAUCCAGGAACACAGGGAGCAUUAGAAUGGUAGCAUCAAACUUUAAAGGACCACGAAGGCUUAUAGUCAAGACUAGCCAGAGGAUUAGGAUAAAGGAAUUCCAUUUUCACUACGUGCAAAAAAACACAAACUAAAUUCAGUCCAUUUGAAUUAGAUUUUUGGGCAAGUAGUGAGAGGACCACUGAAAUUAGGGAUAAAUUGGUGAGUCAGAGACCACACAUCUGGAGUGUCAAAUUUUAGAGAACAGUAAAUGGAGUGGGUGAGUUUGCUAAACAUUUGAAAUUAGGGAAGCAGACAAGACAUCAAAAAAUGCACACUACACGAGUGGAGAUGAAGUGUUGUGUUAUUCCCAGUGGUAGGUGAACUGUUACAAGCAAGGUUUAGUAGGCCUUAUCAAAUUGAAGGAAAAUGGGAGGGAGGUGAAUUAUUUGACAAGAAUGCCAGCAAGGUAGAAAACCUCACGUGAAUAUGGUAGAGGUGUUUUUAUUGGGAAAGAAAGCAAAAAAGAAUAUAUUGCUAGUUAUAACAGAAUAAAGAACUAAGAUCAGAUAUUCUUAAUUGGGCAUUCCUUGAAUUGAAUUGGACAAUGAGGAAGUUCAAGUCAGGAUAAAUUGAGUUACUUUCCAGAAGAAAAGCUAAGUGACCGGAAAGCAUUAUUACAAAUCACAUGCUAAGAAAUGCAGGUGUAAAGCUGGGAAGUGCAAAACUAAGUUAUGCAUGUAGACAUGGGAGUUGUUGUUCCAAUUAAGCAACAUCCUUAUAGAGACUUAACCCUCUAAAGUUGGCACAGGUUUAAAAGGGAGAUUGAUUAAAUUGUCUUUGAGUAUGCAUUCAAAAAGUGAGUUGCAGUGAAUGGAGCUCACCCAUAGGUAAAUGGUGCCAAAACAGCUGGUACUUCAUUGUGUAGACCAUCACAAAGUCAAUACACAAAAAUCUACCUUUGCCAAAGGCAUUUAUGGGAUGUAACUGUAUUAGAACAGUUAAUUUUUAGUACUUAAUUUGUUAAGCGUUCAACUAGAGUUAGUUAAGCCAGUUUAUUUCAUCUAGCUAUUAACUCAUGUAAAAGUAUGUGUUUUGUUUAAAGUAGUUUGACCAAUCAAAUUGCAGCAUGUUACACUGAUGUUUAAAAUACAAUAAAAUCAGGGUCUAUUCAAUAUAUUUGAGGGGGUUUAAGUCUGAUCCAUCACCAAAUCUCAAAAUCUUAGUUUUCAGUUUGCAUUCCACGUUAUCCACAGUACCAGGAGCAUCUUGCACAUUUACACUUCAGUCUACAUGCAGUAGAAUACUUUGACAAGGUUGUGGUGUUGAGUAACAAUGCAUCUCAGCACUUACUACAUGGGCAAAAAUCAAACUCGAGGGGAUGCAUAUAUCCAGAUCCUCGUCUCGAAACGCAUUCUAAACCACCAUAAGUUUCACUACAUCAAACUUGUAAUGAGUUAGCUUUAAAACACAAUGUAAAGGGUUAAAGUUGCAUAACAUACUGACUGGCUCCCCACUUCAUGUCAACCCUGGUGCAUUUCAAUGUUAAAAUCAAGUUUGAAACACUGGGGGAAAAAAAACAAAAAUUGUUACCAGUCUCUGGAAAAGUUAUUAAUUUUACAAAUGUGAACAUUAUGCUUUGUUUUUCAAACAUUUUAAUUUUUGGC